AUGAGCUCCAACCUGAACAAGAGGAAUCCCAGCCUGCCCAAGAGGAAUUCCAGCCUGCCCAAGAGGAAAAUGGAAAAAAGAAGGUCUCUGCAAAGAGGGAGGACAGGACCCGAGGGGCAGGGGCGCCCUCAGCUUCCAGUUGAAACUUUUCAGAAGGAAGAUGAAUUGCCAGACUUGAAUCUCCCGCCUAAAGAGGACCUGGAACAAGACACAGAACCGCAGCAGGAGGCCCAGGCUGUGCCGCCAUUGGACAUUUUCCCCACACCCAUGCUUAAGCCUGAGGCCACGCUUGAAGACUUGGAGGAACCGAGGUCCAGGGCAGAAUCCCUCCAGCCCGGAGAUAAGACAUGGACACAGAAGGACAUCCAACUGUGGAAAGCGAGGUCAGCCUCCGAGACACAGACGAGUAUCACGGACAAGGAAUGUAUGGACCCCACCCAUCGCUCCAUCUUUGUGCAAACGUCCAAGCACCUCUUCUGGGCAGACAAAGAAAACCAGGUCUCAGAGAACAGCCUGUUCAUGGAGACCGGCCUGCAGCGUGGCGAGAGCACAGAGAGGACCGCCAGCCGCCUGGGCCCUCAGAAGCCGGUCCCCGUAAAGCAGUUCGAGGACACAAGCACCCCGCCAGUCCUUUCAGAAGCAGACACCCAGCUGCCCUCAGACACCUGCUUGCCCUCCCCCACCCUCACAGCACCUAUCACCUUAAAGGACCUGGUCAGCUUCGCCUCCUCCCUGGCCAUCGCCUCCUCCAGCAACAGGGACCUGCCCAGUCUCCUGGAGCACGUGAUGAAGCCCCCACCCCCAAAGGCCGCGGCGCCCCCUGCAGUGCCCAGAGUAGAGAGUACCACCCCGCCUGCUGAGGAGCAGGAGCCCCCUGCGGUGCCCAGAGUAGAGAGUACCACCCCGCCUGCCGAGGAGCAGGAGCCCCCUGCGGUGCCCAGGGUAGAGAGUACCACCCCGCCUGCCGAGGAGCAGGAGCCCCCUGCGGUGCCCAGAGUAGAGAGUACCACCCCGCCUGCUGAGGAGCAGGAGCCCCCUGCGGUGCCCAGGGUAGAGAGUACCACCCCGCCUGCCGAGGAGCAGGAGACGCCCUCUGACCUGAAAGAGAGGCCGCCUGAGAAGUCGCUGGAAGCUGGAGAGCCACAGGAACCUCCCAAGCCACAGGAACCUCCCAAGCCCAAAGACAAGACCCUUCACCCUUGCUUUGAUGUCAGCAAGCCGGAGCCCAGCAAGACCCCCUUUAAAGGGAAAAUCAGGUUUAUCCAGGCCCCAGCCAGGCCCUCUUCACUGAAUGAAGACAGGAAAGACUCAGUGCCGGGAGCCAAGAAAGAGAAUCCAUUAACGCUGAAAAUCCAUUUUAAGCUGUUGCCCACUUCUUUCCCCAGAAAUAUGACUAAACAAAACCAAUAAAACCUCCAGUGCU